GCUCGUUGCUCACCAUUUCUUGUUAUUCUUCCAAAAGUUUCUUGAGGUUUGCAGAUAAUCUUGGUGAUUGCUGGUUUUCUGAUGCAAGUCUCUUCCAAUGCUUAUUUUCCUGCGUGGAAUAUUCACACUCUCAAUGUUUCCAAUCCGCAUAUUAUUGAACCCCUACCUGAUCUUCAUGAUCUCGGAUUCUAUAAAUACCUGCUGAAGUAAUGGCCUUUUCCUUUCUUUUGGCUUGGUUUGCUUCUAUUGGUAUUGCAAAACUGCCAAACUCUUUUUUGUUUGCGAUAUAGAUGUUUGACAAUGAAUUUCUAUUCAGGUAUUUUAUUCUGGCUCGUUCUUCAUCUUACGGUAGUUUUAUCCUCUUUGGUUCCAAGAGGAUAUACUAAUUCUACAAAUGUUUCUGUCUCUGAAGACAAUUGUGGUGUUGUCUCGGCUUAUUCUAAUUCUUUGAUUACCAAUGUUACCAGCUAUGGAUGCUCAAACUAUCACUCAAAUCUAACGGAUCAGCUACUUACUGCAUCAACGCUGUUUAACGACUUUAAUGCGCCAAAUUAUCAUUCAAACUCUUUAAACAUUGUCACCAAUGCGAAAUCCUUUGAUAUACUAUACACGCUACAAAUAUUUUUCAAUCCGAGCACUCAGUUCUAUAUCAUUGAAAACACCUUUUAUCAGGAAAAUAAUACAGACAAUUUUUUAUAUUUAUCUUAUGAUUACGUCGACAAUGUCAAAAUACUAUGUCAUGUAUUUCAAGAGACUUUCUUCUAUCUAAAGGCUUCAUUAAACCAAAUACUAGCUACUGAUGCCAAUGGGAAAACCUAUAGUUCUGUUAUUUAUGUCCCCGAUUGCCUCAACCAUUCCUUUUGUACAAUAAAUCCAAAUAACUUUGAUCUCGAUAACCUAUAUUGCAUAAGUUAUGCAAAAGAUUUCAGCUGCAGCAAUCUCGUUGCCAAUUUUAAUAAUCAAUCAAAUUACUGCUCAAAGUCAUUUACCAAUGGCUUGAACGAAGAUGAACGAUCUUCUUGUGGUUUGGCCACUGAUUCAAAUCUCAUAUCUACUUACUCCUACGAAAGUUCCUCAAGCAGUUUAUUUUCAAUUUUAAAAUUCACAAAAAUCAAGGUGAUAUCGUUACUAUCAUUAAUGUUUUCAAUUCUUGAAUUCUCUUAAAGACAAAUUCCAAAAAAAGAAAAAUGAACCCAGCAGACUUCUGAAUACACCUGCAGAACGGUUUUUUCCUUGGUUUUUUCCUCGGUUUUUUCACUGGUUUACGGAUUUUCACGAAUUUUCACGGAUUUUUGGAAAAUUCACUUUGACGUUAAUUGCACUAAAGUUUUUGCUGUGAUAUUUUCUGGUACUUUUUGGCAAUUUCGGUAUCUUUUUCUCUAAAGUUACCAGUUUUCCAAUGCCAUGUCUACUAACAUAUACUUUGGUUGGUGUUUUUGGUUUCCUGCAAUAAUAGUCACUCAUAAAUGGAAUAAAUAUCAAGAAAUUAAGCAUAUCGAAAAGUUGAGCAUAUCAAUUUCCUUUUUUUUUUCUUUUUUUUUUUUUUCUUUUUAUGGUCUUGAUCACAUAUUUAUAAAUAAAAUUUAUAUAUUUCUUGCUGAUGAUAAUCUAAUCCGGCAAAUUUUAUAAAAUAUUAAUAAAAUG